AACAGAAUACAUUUCAAGCCAAAUCACCACCUCAAACUUAACGAAACACACACACACACACAGUCCCUCGCCAACAGUCACCAAACCCUCGGUAACCCCCCGCGCCCCCAAUCCUCAUCUCCGCCGCCGGGUCCGCCCAUCCUUUUUCCGUCCUGGCUCUCCGGAGACCCUCAUGACCCGGAACCCGAGCCCCGAACGGCGAGAAUCACCCAGAAGCCCCGCCCGAACCGGCAUGAGGCUCAUCGUACCCCUACAGGGCGUGGUCCAAGGCAGGGGCGGCCUCAUCCUCGGCUCCGUAAUCCCCUGCGCCCUCUUCUAUUUCCUCCAAUUCUACCUCAAACGGCACCGGCCGCCCCCCUCCGACUCCCCCUCCCGCUCCCCGUCGGCGGCGAACCUCGCCGAGCUCCCGCGCUCCUCUUCCCGCGCAAAUCUGCUGGCGCGCGGCUCCUCCGGCCGCGCCAGCUUGUCCUCUCGGGCGGCCGCCGUCGCCAAGCCCAAUGACUCGCCCUACUACAUUGGUCUGGAUCGAGCGCGGGAGGAUCCUUACGAUGAAAUCAAAAAUCCCGAUGGCGUUUUUCAGCUUGGGUUAUCGGAAAAUCGGCUGUCUUUGGAUUUAAUUGAAGAGUGGUUUUCGCAAAAUUCGACUGCCUCGGAGCUCGAAUUAGGUAGUCGGGCUCGGGCCUUGGGGCUCAGUGGGAUUGCAACAUAUCAGCCAAUGGAUGGAUUGAUGGAGUUCAAAGUGGCCAUGGCUGAUUUCAUGGCUGAAGUAAUGGGGCGAACUUUAUCUUUCGACCCUUCACAUGUGAUAUUAACUUGUGGUGCAACUGCUGCACUUGAGAUACUAACAUUUUGCCUGGCGGACCAAGGGAAUGCCUUCCUUGUCCCUGCACCCUACUACCCCGGAUUCGACAGGGACAUAAGAUGGCGAACGGGAGUUGAGCUAAUCCCUGUCCACUGCAGAUCAUGCGAAAACUUCACACUAAGCAUAACAUCUCUCGAGCAAACGUUCAACCAGGCCAGAAAACGUGGCCAGAAGAUCCGUGGGAUUCUCCUCACCAACCCAUCGAACCCCAUUGGUAACCUAUUCAGCCGAGACACACUCUACGAUCUUCUCGAUUUUGCUCGGGAGCGAAACAUCCACAUCAUAUGUGACGAGAUAUUCGCAGGUUCGACUUAUGGCGACGAGCAAUUCGUGAGCAUGGCCGAGAUAAUCGAGUCUGAGGAUGCUGACAAGGAUCGGGUCCACAUCGUGUACAGCUUGUCCAAAGAUUUUUGCAUCCCGGGUUCUUUAAAGGUUGGGGUUAUUUACUCGAAGAAUGAAAAUGUUUUGGCUGCGUGUAAGAAAUUGACUCGGUUAUCUUCGCUUUCGGGCCCGACACAGCGUAUUUUGAUGCCAAUGCUUUCGGAUAAGAGGUUUAUAAGGGAAUUCCUGAAGGAAAACAGGAAAAGAUUACUCGAGUGUUACGAUUUGUUUGUUGUGGGGUUGAGAGAGAUGGGUUUGGAGUGUAUGAGAAGUAGUGCAGGAUUAUACUGCUGGGUGGAUAUGAGCCGGUUGAUUAGUCCUUAUAAUGAGAAAGGGGAGCUCGAUUUGUGGGAGAAGCUUUUGAAUACGGCUAAGGUUAAUGUGACUCCUGGGUCAACGUGUCAUUGUAUCGAGCCUGGAUGGUUCAGGUUCUGUUUCACGACUUUGAGUGAGAACGAGAUUCCUGUUGUGAUGGGAAGAAUACGUAGAGUGGUCGAAAGAUGUAAACUUUCUGUAUAGAAUAUUCUAGAUUUUUUUUUUUUUUGGUUGCAAAUGCUAUAUUGGUUGCUUUUCUACUUGAUUUUCCACACUCUUAAGUCUCAUUGUUUGGUUUCAAUUAAGUCUGCCUGGUGGCUUGGCUUAUCUUUUCUUUUGAGAUUGAAAUCNGAACAAUCAUGUGGAAAGAAACCACGGCCGACACAGUUUUUUCUUCAGGUUUGGAUUUGAACAUAAACUGGUUUACAGACAGCAAUUUUUUUACAUAAGCUUUAGUUGCAAUUGUUUCUUCCACUUAAUCUGCAGCUCACUCAUGCGGAA